AUGGGAGAAAUGGAGAGAGAUUUGCAGACAGACCCUCCUUGCCAUCCACGGGCAUGUGCAAUUCAAAAUUGCAUACAGAGGAACAACUACAACGAAGAAAAGUGCAGGAAAGAGGUGGACGCAUUGUAUGAGUGCUGCAAUGCCUUUUACCAAAGACAGGGCGAGAAAGCAAGCACCGUGAGCUGUCCGAAAUAUCCGCUUUUGAAGCUCAAAAUGCAACAACGCGCCAAAGGCAUCUCAUAG